GCUUCACGCCCCCAUAACGGCUGAGACGAGCUGAGUGACAUUAGGUGCUCACAUCAGUCGACGUGACAAGGUGCAUUUGCAACGUCUCUCGGUGUGUGUUGUGUCUCCAUGUGAGGAAUAACGUAUUACUGAAAACGGUUUACCAAAACAUAUUUAACGGAAUUACGGUUCCAAUCAUUUCAUCUUGCUCUGUUGAGUUUGUUUUACUAAUCAAAGGGGGGAAAAGUUCAAAGAUACAACUUUUAGGAAUUUCAUUUUAAUUGCUUUGAAGUGCGUAUCAUAGAAACAUUUGGACUGCUGAGAAGUCUUUUGAGGCGGUUUAGCUGAUAAAUGGCUCCAAAUGUUGUGUCUGGAACCGUACAGGAGGACCCUCAUGACCAUCGUAAAUCACAACAAAAGCCCUUAAAGCCGCUCAAAAUCGUAUGGAGAAACGUUUUCUUAUUUUUAGGACUUCAUAUAGCUGCUGUUGUGGGAAUUUAUUACUGCGUUCAGGCCAAACUAAUAUCUUGGCUGUAUGCUGUAAUUCUCACUCACGUGAGUGGUCUAGGAGUAACAGCAGGAGCUCACAGGCUGUGGACUCACAGGGCUUAUAAAGCUAAAUUACCUCUAAGAAUAUUUUUGGCCUUUUGCAACUGCAUGGCAUUACAGAAUGAUUUAUAUGAGUGGUCACGGGAUCACAGAGUUCAUCACAAGUUUUCUGAAACAGAUGCUGAUCCUCAUAACAUUAAUCGUGGUUUCUUCUUUGCUCACAUGGGAUGGUUAAUGGUGAGGAAGCACGAAGAUGUUAAAGAAAAAGGCAAAACUGUUGAUGUGAGUGACGUCUGGGCAGAUCCGGUGGUUAGGUUUCAGCACAGGUUUUACGUACCUUUAGCUGUUCUAUGUUGCUUUGUAAUACCUGCAGCCAUUCCUUACUAUUGUUGGAAAGAGAACUGGUAUGUUUGCGUAUUUUCAAUAGGAUUCUUCAGAUUUAUGGUUUCCUUGCAUUUCACAUGGUUUGUCAAUAGUGCUGCACAUCUCUGGGGCAACAAGCCUUAUGACAAGUACAGCAGUGCUACCGAAUCAAAGUGGGUCUCUGCUUUAGCGAUUGGUGAAGGUUUCCACAAUUACCAUCACACUUUCCCAUGGGAUUAUGCCACCAGCGAAUUAGGCUACAAAUACAAUUUCACCACGUUUUUCAUCGAUUGCAUGUCAUACAUUGGACAAGCGUACGACCUUAAAACUGCAAAUCCUGAAAUUGUUCACCAAAGAAAGCUGAAGACAGGAGAUGGGUCUUAUUUCAAAAACAAGGAUCAUAAAGACUGAUCAUAAGUUCCAAGGAAGCUGAAGAUAUGAGAAGGGUUUUAUUCUAAAAGCAAGGAACCUUUAAGUGCUAGCCUUUUGUUGAAGACAUUAUUGCAAAUUAGAAAAAAAAAUACCUUUUCCUGGUAUCACAAGAUGGAGCUGCACGUAUGAUCAGGAAACAUGGACAUUUUUCUAAUAUAUCUACAGAGCUUGUUACUAUUGAAGAGCUUUACCUGAACUGCGAACUUAUCCCAAAGAAAUAAAUCCCAAAUAAACAAUUGAGUUUUGUUGUUGGAGUUUAUGUAAUCACAGCGUAAUCGUUUUAUUAUGAUCGUAUGUUCCUUGCUUACAUGAAUAUGUAAUUGCAUAUAAAGAAUUUACUUUUAUUAUAUUCUUUGAAACAUGUGUAUUAUAAGUUGAGUUAAUAUUUCCGUAACAAGUGUAGAAUUAUUUUACUGCCUUUGUUGAUUUACAAUUUAUUAUAAAAUUAAAUAGUAUUUUUAUUUA